CGUUCAUGUAUAUAAUUAUUGCAGUUUCUGCUCAUUAUAUUUAUACUCACUGAUUUUGUAUGAGCAAGGUUCUCAUUUUUCCAAUUUGAAUCCAUUAUAUGUGAAAAUCCAGUACAAAUUAAAAUGAAAAUGGGCGCAAAUAUGAACAUGCUCACAGAGGUAAACACAUACAUAUGAAUACUCGUAUAUGUAUGUGUUGCGCUAGUUGACGCGGGAAACUCAGAUCAGAUUAUCGAUCAUUCUAAUUCCAUAAUCCAUUCUACGACGGGAAAAACCGACUCGCUCCUUGUCAAAACAUUAAAUAUAUGCAGAAUAAUAUGUGCAUAUGUCACAAUUUUCAGCGCUUGCAUAUGGAACAUUGGAAGCUCUUCCAGUAAUUCUGGGAUUUCAGCUCAUUUGGAUAUUGAAUUUUCAGCGCAGCGGAAACAACGCUCUUCUCCACAAUCUUUCUCGCAUCUUUGAAGUUUUUCAACGUUGAUUCACCAAUCGGGAUGUUUAACGGCAACUUAAGCAAACUGGAGGAGAACCCCCGUUGCCAGGGCAAUCGGAUUCUGAUCACUCACUAUGUCAGCCCCCAACAGUUCUGGUACAUCAGUGCCAAGGAUGUGGAGGCUUGCAGUGCGCUAGUGCGACAAAUGGAGCAGCAACUGCUCGAACACUGCAGGCCCGUGAACCAACGAACGUCCUACUGUGAGUUUCUGGAGGUAAUUGUGCGGUACAUGCUAGGGAGUCCCCCGAAGCUGCUCCGUGGCGUCAUUCGGAAGCGCAAGGAAGAGGAGUAUCUGGUGUUUGCCCUGGACUAUGGCUUUACCAUUAACUGCACAGCCAGAGAUCUGUGGUUGCUGCCCGAAAACCUAAACAAAAAAUUCUAUGACGUUCAAAUGGGAGGAGUGGCGUUCAUUACGCCCUAUAAUGGAAGCACCUGGACGAAGGCUGCACUGAGCGUCUUUGGUCAGAAGCUGGAGGAUGCCCACCUGUUAUUCCUCGACAUUAAAUAUCAGGGGCCCAUGAACGAGAAUUUCGGAACAUUAUGGAUAAAUUCGAACGGCCAAAGCGGCCAAGCUGUGGAUGCAGUCGUCUAUCUGGAGGAGCGACAAUAUGGACGCAGAGAAAACUGUAGCAACAUGCCUCCCUACCUCGAUCCCUUGUCCUUUGACUUGGCGGAUAUCAACGACGUGGAGCUCAAGGCAGGGUUGCGUGCCACAAAAAUAAUUCAGCUAGUGGCGGCCGCUCCUCCCAUCGAACAGAACCGCGUUGACUGCUCCAAAGCCCUGUCCAACACGGAACUUCGAGUGGAGAGAAAUCCAUUCAGACAGACCUCAACAAGCAAUCAAAACUACCAAAAGAGACGAAGUCAGCAGUGUCCCUCCAAGGAUCCCAUGAAGCUGGAUAGACUUUUGCAGCUGCGCAGCGAACAGCCCAUACCGGACGCGGCCCGGCGUCUGAGCAAGGUCAGCGGCUUAGACGGCAACUCUGUACAAACGGCUCUCAUCAGCGGAUCAAACCAAAAGGAAUACGUAGAGGAGAACGUGGAAAAGAGAAAUCAAAUGGAGGCACAUGGGAAACUCGGCAAUGAAUCCCCCGAUAGAGCAGGACCACAACUGGCCAGCCUGGCAGGUCGAUUAAGGGUGCUCAAGCUGACCAGCCGUCCCUCGAUGAGUGAAGGUUCUCCUAGCAGAUAUUCUGGAUUGUUGGCUAGUCAGGAAACCAUCCAUACGAAUAACCAACGGAGCGAACCCUCAGAGCCAAGAAGUAGUUUCUUGACAGCCUCACCUUCAGCACAGGACAUGGUCACGCGCAUUCUGUUUAAGGGAGAUGCCACAGCUGGGAAAGCCGAAGGAGCUCUGCCGAAACUAUUUCAGAGGAUAAACAUCUCAUUGGCCAGCAGGGUGUUGACCCACAGCUAUCAGCCAUCAGUAUCAGUGGACGUCGCCCGGAACUUGAGCGAGGCAUCACUCGGGAAGGAGAUUGAGAGCGUCUUGCAGAAGCUGAGCUACCGGACUCCUUUGUCCACGCAAUGCUUUGCCUGGCCACACCUCAUGAAGGGCAACUCCCUGCUGCUGGUGAAUGCCUCGGGCACAGGUCGCUCCUGGUGCUAUCUCCCGGCGCUCUGCUCGUUGGUGAUGCGCUCCAUGGAAGCAGAUGGAGAAAGUUUUAAGAGAGGGCCAGUGGCCGUUUUGCUUACCGAGUCCUCGGUCAACGCCAAGAUGCUGGCGAACCACUGUUCUCUUCUGAUGCAGGACUUCCAAACUCCAUUCUUCAAAGUGGUUAACACCCACGACCAAUCCGAGGUCGAUGUGGUCACCAUGCUGCUCGGCUCGUGUGGCAUCCUGGUGGCCACACUCGCAAAUCUGAAUGCCCUGAUGGACUAUAAACGCAAGGGCCUACCCCUCUUCGAUCCAGCGUGUCUGAAACACGUAGUCCUGGACGACUACGAUCGCAUGCAGCAGGCUGCGCCACAUCUCCUGAACGAAGUCAUUAAUCGGUUGCGCCGUUUGCGCCUUACGAAAAUUCAGCUCGUUCUGGUGGCCCAGCACUGGCAUGAGCAGGCGUUUCAGAAGCUGCUCCAAUGGACCCCGACUAAUCUGCUGAUCUUUGGGGACUUCCUUGAGGCGGCCAUGUACGGGGGCGUGAAUUUAACGAUGUGUGUGGGGCAGUCUCAGAAAAAGGCAGCUCAGCUCUUAAAAUUCUUGGCCUCGCAGACGCCGCCACAGAAGCGAACGAUCAUAUUCUGCAACAGUCAAGAGGAGAUGGCGCAAUUGAGAAAUGUUCUGGUCGGAGCUGGACAUCAGUGCUUGACCAUCUCGAAAGCCCACGCGCAGGAACCACACGAACUGCUGCUGGUCUACGACGACAACCAACUGCAGCUGCGGGAGCGGAACAAAGAGCUACUUGUCCACUUUAGCCUCCCGGAAUCGUGGUCGAAGUUCGCUCUGCGAUUCCAUGUUAUGGCUGAUCGGGUGCCGAACCGUUUGGCCGAGCCGCUGGCCCCGCCCCCCACCAUUGCUUCCCACGUAAUGCUGGAUGAGAGCAACUCCCUGUAUGGGCCCUCUUUGGUGAACUUCCUCAAUGUGCACGGACUCGCCACGGACAAUUUGUCGGAGCAGCUGUCCUUCUUUCAGCCUAAGGGCGAGUGCACGCAGAGGCAGGAAAUCAUGCGGCAGCACUUACUCAAGGCGGACGCACAGUCUUCGAGUGAUCCUUGCCAGCAAUCCGAGGCAGUCGUGCGCUGCAAGCUCUGCAAGAUCUACGACCCAGUUCACAUGGCUCUCUGGCCCACAGAAUACAUGCUGGCAGGCACUACGGCGUGGGUGCAGGCGCCGUUUCCGGCCAGUCGGUGGAUUGCGGAGGUGGAGCUGAGUGUGGGACCCAGCUCAAAGCAGCACCAUCCAGUCCGCGUCUCUGACGUCUGCAUCGUGCAUCAUCAGGGGCUCCACAAACGCGUCCGUGUCAUGGACAUUCCCACAGAACAAUCGGUGACUGUGCAGUUGAUGGACCACGGCACGGAGCUGAUGCAGAUCAGACCCUGGCACCUUCUGGAGUGCGAUGCGAAGUUUGCAGCUCUACCACUCCUGGCCAUGGAUGUUAAGCUGUCCUGUGUGGAGCCUGCGGCAGGACAGACAAGCUGGUCGCCGGAGUCCCUCAAGUGGGUGCACGAUACUUUUCACGGUCUACAAGAUGGACAACACAUUCAGAUAACCGUGGACUUCUCCAUGCUCGACGUCGUCUACGUCAAGGAAAUCGCCCUGAUCGAGGAAUGCCCCUCGCUGCGCACCAGUGUGUACAGAUCUGUGCUUCGAAAGGAGCUGAUCGCGCGAGGAUUUGGCAAAGUGGCGACAAAAAGCUUCGCUCAGGGUCCGCCGGCACCACUAACCUGCAGAGGCUUGGCUUCGAUCAGAGAAAAAGUCAAGCCUCCGGUGAACAAAGAAGUUACGAAAACAGAUAUGAAAGAAGACCAGGUGAAAGUAGCACUUGCAGAUGCCAAGGACAUCGUCACAAUGGAAGCCAGUAGCAGUGCAUUGGAGGAGCAGAACAAAACUCUGGAGAAAGCCGACUGCCCGAGUAAUCCCCCAACGGUUGAUCCAACUCUAGACGGAUCUCAACGGACGUUCCUGGAGAUGCUAAGGGGAGAGUUAGCCAACGAGAAUUCGUCAAGCCGCGCAGAGACCCGUCGAUUCCUGCAAAGCAUUGUGGCCAGCGAUGAAGGGGAGGGCUCCAUGGCUCCCACAGAAACUGCAAAAACAAUCGAAAAACCAGAACUGAGUCCAAUUCGUUGCGUAGAUGAUGCAUCACCAGGAACAUCAGUGCAACAGCCAUCAAAGGAUCAAGUGAUGAAAGCCCUACAGUGUGCCAAGACUGUUGGUGAGACGACGGCCUGGCCUAUGGUCAAGUGGCACCAGACCCUCCGCCAAAUCGAACUCAUUUUUGAGCAGAAAGUGUCGGAGUAUGAACUAUUUGUUCGGGGGAACUUUCUGUCGUAUUUUGUGUCGGAGACCUCGCCUCCCCAGAGGUGCUUUAUGAAUCUUCUGGGCGAUGUGAGGAUCGCUUCGGAAAAGCAGCACGGGUACUCCCUGCAUGUGAAGCUGUCCAAAGUUGGCUCCCUGUUCUACUGGCCAACUCUUCUCAACUCGCUGUACACGCAGCAGCAUAGCCAUUGGUUGUCCUACGAUGUGGAGCGAACCAAGGAGCCGCCCUCACCCAUGGGCCUGCUUCUGUGGGAGCGCCACAUGCGCCACGUGUGGACCAACGUCGAAUCGACUACGGAGGAAGAUUCUGUCGAUUCCGAUCUAUCAGACUCGGCGGAAUUCGAUGAUAUAUAAGAGAUAUCUCCUUCCUUUCUUUUAUACACUUUAUAUUUGCAUUGUAAUUCUGAGGAUACUACCAAGCCUGGUCACAUACAUAUUCUAUUAUAAUUAUCACUAAAUACAGAUACAGCUUACAGAUCAGAUCAGCUUACUUCUAAGCUUAAUGGCCUACCAUUU